ACCACAAAAGGUGCUGCUGAGCCUCAAACUUUUCGUCGUCUUUUUGGGUCGGUCUCUCCAAUCAGUUCAAAUUGUGAUAACGAAACGUUCGUGUGGAUAGUGAACCACAUCCACAUUGCCAUUUCGUCUUCUUCUACAAUGGCGCAGCUCAUCUUUCUACUCAUUUUGUCUCUUGAUGUCGCUUUUGGGAUUGAAAAGGUUCGUCAAGGAGACCUCAACGAAGACGGCAAAGAUGAUCGCGAGCCGAAAAUGUUUUCUCACAAAACAACAGGCCGCGAUUUCUCGUCCACCCAAGAUUCCACAGUUCUGUCCAUUCUUCGGGAGGACGACCAGACUUAUGAAAAUGUGAUCUCAGGGUUCUCGUGUCGGUCAAGGCAACAAGGUUAUUACCCAGAGGUACGAACCAGUUGCUCCAUUUACUACUUAUGCUAUCAUCAACGAGGCUCUGAUAUGCUUCGAAUCACCUUCGUUUGUCCAGAAGGCUACAAAUAUGAUCCCAAUUCAUAUCAAUGCCGAAAAGGAUACGUUGUGAAUUGUCAAGUGGGAUUUGCUCCUCUGCGCGAACAACCAAAACUCAUGAAGAACCCCAUUCCAUUUGAUGUAAACAACGAGUUCUAUAUCGAUGAUCCCGGUCAUUUCCCUGGGAAGUCUUCCAAGUCAUAUAAGCUCAAUUCUCGAUACGACUUCAACUACAAACCCGAAGUUUGGUACGGAAGAACCCAAUUGAGUUGCGUGACUUGCUGCAAACCGGCAACCGACAGCUCGUAUUCAAAGCCCGAUCCAGUCACCCCAAAACCCUGGACGCGUCCGACUACAACCAAAAGACCUUGGACUCCUCGGCCAACAACCACUACUCGACGACCUUGGACCCCAACUACCACUACAUGGCGUCCUCCAAGCUCAUGGGUUGUCACCCCCGACCCAUUCGAACUUCCUGAUCUAGACAUUUCUCAGGUUCAAACCAUCCAAGCUAAGGACUCUCACAAGGCUUUGCUGAAAUUCAAAGCAUAUAGACCCUGAAACCUUUAAUUGGAAUAGAAUGGAUGAAAGAUUCAAAUUGGAUUGGUGUUGCAGUGAAAUUCGUUCGAU